CUUUUAAAAGAAGGCGAAAGAAGUUUAUUUUGAGUUAAAAUGAUAAAAAUCAUGACCAAGCAUGCUAUAUGGGGUUACAUUAUGUACCAGCAGAUACUGUGGCGGCGGUCUAGGUCUAAGUGGUAGAUCGAAGAUAUAUAAACUCAACCAUGUCCCACAUAUCAUCGCUCAUCAGGCCCUUGCUCAUCAAGAUCGUUUUUAUCCCUACUACCAACCCAUCCAUUCCUCACGGUGUUGAUUCCUCGUACCAAUACCUGUCAAAAUGAAGGAAGCGCUUGUCUUCAGCAAGGAUGGGUCAAUGGAAGUCAAAACCCACUCUGUGCCUAUACCCAAACCGGGACCGGACGAAAUUCUGAUCAAAGUCAUCGUUAGCGGCACGAACCCCAAGGACUGGAAAUUUCCCGACUGGUUCGAUGUAUUUAACGGAACGAAUACUGGCGAUGACAUUGCUGGCUAUGUCCAUGAAAUCGGCGAAAACGUCUCCGAGUUCAAAGUCGGAGACCGAGUAGCCGCCUUCCAUGAUUUCAUGACGCCGCAUGGGAGCUUCGCCGAAUACGCCAUCGGGAAAGUGCACGCCACACUUCACAUCCCAGCGCAUAUUUCCUUUGAGGAAGCAUCAACUGUCCCACUGGCAGCAUUGACCGCCUCUCUUGCACUGUUUGCACGGUUAGGCCUACCUGAACCGUGGUUCGGAAACAAAUCUUGGGCCACCAAGCCUCCAGGCGGAGUUCUUGUCUACGGUGCUGCAACAGCCGUCGGAUCAUUUGCAAUCAAGCUGCUACAGAAAGCAGACAUUCAUCCUGUCAUUGGUAUCGCUGGAAGAGGCAUGGAUUAUGCUAGGAGUCUAAUGAACAGUGAAAAGGGCGAUGUCGUCAUUGACUAUCGCGAUGGUGAAUCUGCCGUUGUACAGGGCAUCCUAAAUGCCAUUCCUGCCGGGGAAAAUCUUCGCUAUGCACUAGAUGCAGUUACGGAGACAUCGAGUUUCCAGGUGAUUGAGAAGGUUCUGGACCAGACCUCGGGCGCAGUGUCGAUCGUUACGCCGGAGGCACCUAAACAAUUGCCUGGUACAAUACGGGUUGAGUUUAGCAACGUGGGAACCGGUCAUGGAGAUGACAAGGACUUCGCCUAUGUGUGGUCGCGGAUGAUGACCAGGGGGCUGAGUGAGGGUUGGCUUAAGGCUCAUCCACAUGAGAUCAUUCCGGGUGGUCUGGAGGGUGUUGAAGUUGCUCUGAAUAAUUUAAAGGCUGGGAAGGCUAGUGCCGUGAAAUAUGUGUUAAGAAUUACAUCAGACUGAAGGGGCCUAGCUAGCGAGGAUGAAAAUCUCAUAUUAUCUGUCUAGUAACACUGGUUUGGCUUAUCUCUGUCCGAAGAACAUUUGUUCGAGUGUAAUAGCUACGUGGUAGCCCUCCAUAAAUAUACCCAAAGGAAAUCUCGC